UCAUGUGUUUCUUUACUUUUGUCAGACCUAUGAAAUAUUUAGCAGGAGGCCCGUUCAAAAUUAAUGGGAGAUUGUACCGCUCCCAAUACCAGCCACUGCACCAACAAUUCGAAUGUGGUUGGUGUCCAGAACGCCAUCCCCGGCCAUGAGCGCAGGAAAAGAAACUGAGAAUACGGGACAACCGGCCCGAACUAACUUGCAUUGCUCCAUAAUACCACUGCGAGAUGUCAGACACUGAGGACCAAAAGCAAUGUCGAAUCUGCUUGGACGGAGCUGACGCCGAGCAAGAACUUGGUAGAUUGAUUCGACCGUGUCUUUGUAGGGGAACAAUCAGUUACAUCCAUGUUAAAUGUCUACAGAAGUGGAGGAAUAGCUCGCAAAACCAAUCAGCAUUCUUUCGCUGUGGAAUGUGUGGCUACUCAUACAGAUUCUCUCGGACGCGCGCCGUCGGAAUUGCUUCUAAUCCUGUGAUUGUGGGCUGUAUCUCAGCCUUGAUCUUCACAUUACUUACUCUGGCGUCUUCUUAUAUCACCACUUAUCUUCUUGCUUACUUCCAAGGACCUUCAAGCUCCAGCUUCUAUAUAACCUCUUCCUCAUAUUGGUUCUAUGAUCCAACGGAAGUUAUUCAUGACCUCGUUAGGGCAGCACUACGUAUACUUCAAGACGAAGAAUUCGAUGCGGAAACGUUUCUUUCUCGUGGUCAAACUCCUGGCGCUUCGUUCGCAGCUUCCCUGAAUUCUACGGAGGGCGCCAACUUUCUAAAGCGGUUUAUUCAACGAUUCGUGAUUGGCUUACCUCUGAUAGGCGCUUCCUCUCUCAUUCAUAUGAUGAUAUCUCUUCCUUUCAUUGGCCCAGUCCAUUGGCUCGCGAGAUUUCGAGGGCGGAGGCGUAACAACGACAGGGACAUCUCCGCAAUCAUUAUCGUUGUCUUGAUUGUGCUUGGUGCAGUCAGAGCAUUGUAUGCGGUCUAUCAGCUCACACAAUCAGUUACCAAGAGACUUCUUCUUCGAGCAGAAGAUGCAAUCUUGGAGGUAAACUAAAUUUUGGACAACAAAUUGGGCUGGCAGGGUGUUGUGUUAUAUUGUAUAACAAUUUUAAGCAGAUGUACAAAGCAGCAGCAGACACAACGAUCCCUCAUUAUACAUUAUAGGUUCUACCACUCUCGUCUAAGUUGUCGUUUGACAGCUUCGUAUUUUGAUUUAGUCUCAAUACGAUCAGCAUGUAACUCAGCCAUGUACUGAUCAAUAGCAAAAUCUAUCCGGCUGACAGGGAAUUCACCACGACUGAUGGAGGAGGUUGGUCUUUUGACCUCCUCAACCCAAUCAGUAAAGAGGGUAGCAAUAUCGGACGAGAUGGCUUGUACAUUGGCUUGAGCAUUGAAAGGUGGAAUCUGAG